AUGGGUUCAAUUUCAAUUUUAAUUAAUGAAGAGGAAUCGAUAGAAGUAGAUUUAAGACAGCUUAUUUAUAAUAAUGAUGAAAAUGGUAUUCGAAUGAUAUUUGAUCGACAUGUACCAUAUAUUUCAUUUCCGGAAAAUACAACACCAUUAAUGUAUGCUGUACUUUUAGCCGAUAUCAGUAUUGUAAAAAUUAUUCGAGAAUCAAACGUUAGCGAUAUUAAUACUGCUGAAAAUGUUUCCGGACUUACAGCUCUCAUGUUUGCUGCUAUUAUUGGCAAUUAUGAAGUUAUGGAAUAUUUGAUAAAUUUUGGUGCUGAUAUUUCGCUAAUAUCCGUUGAUGGUUUUACAGCUAUCGAUUAUGCAUUUGCUAUUGGUAAUAUAAAUGCUGAUUUACUUUGUUUACUGCAACAACGAAUUGGACAUAGUAUUACUGCAUCAUCACAACGUACCACCACUGAUAGUCAUCAAUAUCAACACUUAACUCGUGUCAUUUAUAAUAGUAAGGCAAAAAUUCUAAACAAACUAUCCGGCCAUGUUGGUUUUGGUAGUAAUAUCGGAAAUAAUUUGGAUAGCAAGGAAAAAUUAAACUUUAGUAGAGCGCAUUUAUCUAAGCUUGUGCAAAUUCAUCAACAUGAUGAUGAAGAAUUCAGUUUGGCUAAUGAUAUUUUGAAAUCGAUCGGAAAUGAAAAAACUGGAAAAUGCGAUCAUUUACAUCGUUACAUUGAAGCUGCUAGAUUUAUUGCUGAAAAUUGUGCUAAUCAGGGAAUUCUUAAUUUACCGGUAAUAUUUACUCUAAAUAAACAUGACUUAGAAAAGAGUAAUUCGAUUAAAUACGGACUAUCAUUGGAUAAUUCGAUUUCUACCGGUAAAACAAUCAAUCAUAAGCGUCGAAAUUUUUUAUCAAUUGCUCAAUGGAAUGCAUAUUUAUAUUAUGAAUGUCCGAAUAGAAAUUCUGGCAGAGAAUUUUUAAAUGUUAGCAAAAUGCGACAUCAAUAUGAUGAUAAUGAUAGCAGAGAAAUUAGCUCUUCAACAUCAGCUUCAGAUCAUUCAACUUCAAUGCUUUCACGUCAUUGUGCAUCAUUGGGACGUUGUUCAACGCAUACAUUGGGUACCAUUCCACGAUUUCGUAAUCAAUCACGUGAAACAAUUAAGUGUAAUAAUAUGGAUGAUGGUGAAGAUGAUGACCGUAAUUCACCAUCACGUUCAUCACUAAACCAAUAUAUUUUUUCAGAUAAAGACGGAGAACGUUUAAAAAAAAGUGCUUCAACGCCAACGCUUGAUACGCUUGUUUGGCGGUGUUCUUUGAAUGAUAGGACGAGACGUAAGUUAAGCAAUAUAUCAACAAUAAAAGCUGCUACCUAUGAUAAUGCAUAUCAUGAGCGAAGAAGACAGAAAGUUACCGAAGAUUUGAUAUGGGAAAAGCUAAAUGAAGCAGGUCUUGGUAAAUAUGUUAAUUUGCUAAAAGAUGAAGAAGUUGAUAAAGGAACAUUCUUGGCAUUAACAAACAAUGAUCUCAUCGAUAUUGGUAUCACCGAUGUAUCACACCGAAAUGCUCUCCUAAAAAUUGCUAAAAGUUUAAGAUAUUAA